GCUUUGCUACUAUCAGAGAAGCAGGUUACAGAAGAGGCUAGAAAGGCUUUUACAGAUGCUGAGAGUAAGAAUGCAGUGCUGGUUACAAAACUUGAAGACACAGAGCGAAAAGUAGAUCAGCUUCAAGAUUCUGUGCAGAGGCUUGAGGAAAAACUUUCUAAUAGUGAGUCGGAGAAUCAAGUACUUCGUCAGCAAGCACUGACCAUAUCACCAACUGGAAAAGCUUUAUCUGCACGACCAAAAACAACAAUUAUUCAUAGAACUCCGGAGAAUGGAAAUGUGCUGAAUGGAGAAACAAAAUUUGCACCUGACAUGACUCUUGCUGUAUCAAAUCCACGGGAGCCUGAAUCUGAAGAAAAACCACAGAAAUCCCUUAAUGAAAAGCAGCAGGAGAACCAAGAUCUACUGAUCAAGUGUAUUUCACAAGAUUUAGGGUUUUCUGGAGGCAAACCUGUUGCUGCUUGUGUCAUAUACAAAUGCCUUCUCCACUGGAGGUCAUUUGAAGUUGAAAGAACUAGUGUGUUUGACCGUAUAAUCCAGACUAUAGCUUCAGCCAUAGAGGUCCAGGAUAAUAAUGACAUGUUAGCUUACUGGUUGUGCAAUACGUCCACAUUGUUGAUGCUACUCCAACACACACUCAAAGCAAGUGGAGCAGCUAGCUUGACUCCACAACGCCGGAGAUCAUCAUCAGCUUCUCUCUUCGGGAGGAUGUCCCAAGGAUUGCGAGCAUCUCCACAGAGUGCUGGGCUCUCAUUUCUCAAUGGUCGAGUGCUUGGUAGAUUGGACGACUUACGUCAAGUUGAGGCAAAAUAUCCAGCUUUGCUGUUUAAACAACAGCUUACUGCUUUCCUUGAGAAAAUAUAUGGAAUGAUAAGAGACAAUUUAAAGAAAGAAAUUUCCCCAUUGCUUGGGUUAUGUAUUCAGGCACCUAGGACAUCUCGUGCUGGUUUGAUAAAGGGGCGUUCACAAGCUAAUGCUGUUGCUCAACAAACUCUGAUCGCUCAUUGGCAGAGCAUUGUGAAAAGCCUAAAUAAUUACUUGAAGACAAUGAAAGCAAACUAUGCUCCCCCCUUCUUAGUUCACAAAGUGUUCACUCAAAUAUUUUCAUUUGUCAAUGUUCAGCUAUUUAACAGUCUUCUUUUGCGACGUGAAUGUUGCUCAUUCAGUAACGGAGAGUAUGUAAAAGCAGGGUUGGGCGAAUUAGAGCAAUGGUGUUGCUAUGCAACUGAGGAAUAUGUAGGCUCAGCUUGGGAUGAAUUGAAGCAUAUUAGACAGGCUGUUGGAUUCCUAGUUAUACAUCAAAAACCCAAAAAGACUUUGAAUGAGAUAACGAAUGAACUGUGCCCUGUGCUCAGCAUUCAACAAUUAUACAGGAUCAGUACUAUGUACUGGGAUGACAAAUAUGGCACCCACAGUGUAUCUUCAGAUGUUAUUUCGAGUAUGAGGGUUCUGAUGACAGAGGACUCUAACAGUGCUGUUAGCAGUUCGUUUUUAUUGGAUGAUGACUCGAGCAUCCCAUUCUCUGUGGAUGACAUAUCCAAGUCAAUGCAACAAGUAGACAUAGCUGAUAUUGAACCUCCGCCAUUAAUCCGUGAAAACUCUGGUACAUCUCAUUCCAUGAGACUGCGAGACAUCUCGUGUAGUGGAUUGCUAAUGCAGAAGAUAAUUGAUGGAAAUGAAGGAGGGUUUAUAUUCAAUAGGGUGCUUGUUAACAGAAAUCAGAGGCCAAUUGAUGCAAACGGUUGCAGGCUUGCAGCUAACCGGAUGUUUCUGCACAAAAUCUAG